AUUGCGUUCAUGCUGGCGUCUUUGGCUUGGAUAUGUCAUUGGAACAAUAGCUGUCUUCACUACGGUGUACUAACUAAGAACUCAAUAAAGAAUGAGGAGAUUUAUCUACUGCAAAGUGGUACUUGCCACUUCACUGAUGUGGGUUCUUGUGGAUGUCUUUCUGCUCUUGUACUUCAGUGAAUGUAACAAAUGUGAUGACAAGAAAGAGAGAUCUCUGCUGCCUGCUCUAAGGGCUGUAAUGUCAAGAAGUCAAGAAGGACCUGGAGAGAUGGGAAAGGCAGUCGUUAUCCCCAAAGAUGACCAGGAGAAAAUGAAAGAUAUGUUUAAAAUCAACCAGUUUAAUCUAAUGGCCAGUGAUUUGAUUGCAUUCAACAGAAGUUUACCUGAUGUAAGGCUAGAAGGAUGCAAGACAAAAGUUUACCCUGACGAAUUACCAAACACAAGUGUGGUUAUAGUAUUUCAUAAUGAAGCCUGGAGCACUUUACUUCGAACUAUUUACAGUGUUAUAAAUCGGUCACCACGCUAUCUGCUUUCUGAAAUCAUCUUAGUAGAUGAUGCCAGCGAAAGAGACUUUCUGAAGGCCCCAUUAGAGAAUUAUGUGAAAAAUCUGCAAGUGCCAGUAAAAAUUAUUCGGAUGGAGCAGCGGUCAGGUCUGAUUCGAGCUCGGCUUAGAGGAGCAGCAGCUUCGAAGGGACAGGUCAUAACUUUCCUGGAUGCACACUGUGAAUGCACUUUAGGCUGGCUGGAGCCCCUGUUGGCAAGAAUAAAAGAUGACAGGAAGAUUGUAGUUUGCCCAAUCAUUGAUGUGAUCAGUGAUGACACUUUUGAGUAUAUGGCUGGGUCAGACAUGACUUACGGAGGAUUUAACUGGAAACUUAACUUUCGUUGGUAUCCUGUUCCCCAGAGAGAGAUGGACAGAAGGAAAGGAGACAGAACACUGCCUGUAAGGACCCCUACUAUGGCUGGUGGCCUAUUUUCUAUUGACAGAAACUACUUUGAAGAGAUAGGAACUUACGAUGCAGGAAUGGAUAUCUGGGGUGGAGAGAAUCUUGAAAUGUCUUUUAGGAUCUGGCAAUGUGGAGGCUCAUUGGAGAUUGUAACAUGCUCACACGUAGGCCAUGUCUUUCGGAAAGCUACACCGUAUACCUUUCCUGGUGGUACUGGUCAUGUAAUUAACAAGAACAAUAGACGACUGGCGGAGGUGUGGAUGGAUGAAUUUAAAGAUUUCUUCUAUAUAAUAUCUCCUGGAGUCGUUAAAGUGGAUUAUGGAGACAUCUCUGCCAGAAAGGCACUGAGAGAGAACCUGAAAUGUAACCCAUUUUCAUGGUACCUAGAAAAUGUCUAUCCAGAUUCCCAGAUUCCAAGGAGAUAUUACUCACUUGGAGAGAUCAGAAAUGUUGAGACCAAUCAGUGCUUGGAUAACAUGGGGCGCAAAGAGAAUGAAAAAGUUGGAAUAUUCAACUGCCAUGGCAUGGGAGGAAACCAGGUAUUUUCAUACACUGCUGACAUGGAGAUUCGCACAGAUGAUUUAUGCUUGGAUGUCUCUAGGCUCAAUGGCCCUGUGACUAUGUUAAAGUGCCACCACAUGAGAGGAAAUCAACUUUGGGAGUAUGAUGCCGAGUAUAUAGGUAAAUGGGAAUAUAGCUUCGAGACACAUACAUUUCUUCAUAUCAUUACCCAAUCAUGUCUGACAAUAAGCAGAAUAGAAGAUGGCACUCACGGCCCCACAGUGGAGAUGUGUAAUGGCGGUCGUUCUCAAAGAUGGCUGCUGAAAAACUACACACGGCUGGAGGUUUUUAGGAACAUUUUUAACAGCCCCACUGACUAUUUCCUUUAGCAAACGUCUGGAGAGACUUACCUUGAGACAUGUGAACAGUAAUCAGUGUCUUGACGAGCCAUCUGAGGAAGACAAAAUGGUUCCUACCAUGAAGGACUGCAACGAAAGUCGAUCUCAGCAAUGGCUGCUACGCAAC